AUGCCGCGAAACUAUUCUCAGCUCAUCACAAGCAAAGGAUGCGAAGUGGUGAAGGUCAAAUGCGUUCAGUUCGGUAUCCUAAGCCCCGAUGAUAUAAAGAAUUUUUCUGUGGCAGAAGUCAAGACGAUCGAAAAAUUCGAUGCUCAAGGAAAGCCAAAGACUGCAGGUCUCAUGGAUCCACACUUGGGUGUCCCGCCAAGGGCUGCAUACAAAUGUGCCACAUGUCAUGGUUCUGAUGAAACCUGCCCGGGUCAUUUCGGUCACAUUAACCUGGCAGAGCCUGUCUAUCAUUGUGGUUUUCUUACAAUGCUUCAGAAAAUUUUGGGUUGUGUUUGCCAUCAAUGUGGAAUGCUCAUGGUGGAUGAACGAGACAUCCAUUUUAGAAGUGCUCUUCGCCUCAAACAUCCUCAAGCGAGGCUGAAUGCAAUUGCAAGUAUUUGUAAAUCCAAAAAGAAAUGCUCUCACGAGGCCAUGGACAAGAGUGAAACCCAAGUGGAUCGUGGGUGCGGGGCUCCACAUCCUUCCAUUCUCAGGGCGGGUCUGAACUUCAAAGUCAAAUAUCCCACUGUGAGCGCCGAAGAGCAUGUUGACGAAAGUCUGCAGGGUGAAAGAGAGCUGUUUGCAGAUGAAGCGUUGGCGAUUUUGAGACGUAUCACUGAUGAGGACUGUGAGAAGCUUGGGCUUGAUCCCCGCUUCGCUCGUCCCGACUGGAUGAUCGUGCAAGUUGUAGCAGUUUCCCCUCCCCACGUACGCCCCGCUAUCAUGACUGAUUCUGGGAGCCGUGGUGAAGAUGAUAUCACUUUCAAGCUUGGUGAUGUGAUCAAGGCAAACAAUCAUCUCAAACAGCUGAAAGAAAGUGGUGCACCACCUUCGCAAAGGCGAGAAAGCCAGAUGCUCUUGCAAUACCACUUAGCCACUAUGUACAACAACGAAUUAGCUGGUCAACCUCAGGCUCAACACAGAAAUGGCAAGGCUAUCAAGAGUCUUCGCCAACGCAUCAAAGGGAAGGAAGGAAGGGUUCGUGGAAAUUUGAUGGGCAAACGAGUUGAUUUUUCUGCGCGCACAGUUAUCACCGGAGAUCCUACUAUUAGCUGUGAUCAAGUCGGUGUGCCCAGAUCUAUCGCUUACAACAUGACAUUCCCGGAGAUUGUGUCAAUUCACAAUAUUGAAAACAUGAGAAAUCUGGUGAUGAAUGGUCCCGAUCAACAUCCUGGGGCAAAAAGCAUUGUACGCUCUGAUGGGAAAAGAGUUGAUCUCAGAUUUGUCAAGAUGCAAUCAGAUCAAAUUUUGGAUUAUGGAUACAUUGUAGAGAGACAAAUGCAAGACGAUGACUGUGUCAUUUUCAAUCGUCAACCUUCUCUGCACAAAAUGUCCAUGAUGGGCCAUAGAGUCAAAAUUAUGCCAUAUUCAACGUUCCGUUUGAACCUUUCCGUUACAUCACCAUACAACGCAGAUUUUGAUGGAGACGAGAUGAAUUUGCACUUGCCGCAAUCAUACGAAACGAAGAGCGAAAUUUACAAUAUUAUGAUGGUGCCUUUCCAAAUUGUAUCUCCCCAGAAAAAUGCGCCUGUGAUGGGUAUUGUUCAAGACACUCUCCUGGGAUGUAGCGUCCUGACAAGAAGGAACACGUUCGUUGAGAAAGAUCUGAUGAUGAAUGUUCUGAUGCACGUGCCUGGAUUUGAUGGACGUGUGCCGAUUCCUGCUAUUGUAAAGGCCCCCAACAAUAAGGGACCAUUGUGGACUGGAAAGCAAGUCCUUUCAUUGGCAAUUCCUUCGCGAAGGAUCAAUCUUUCUAAAUUGAACCAGUACAAAACCGAUGAAGAUACAGGAGAUGUUUUUAAGCAAACAAUGACUAUCAAUGAUGCACAUAUCGUCAUUGAAGAUGGUGAAAUCCUUACGGGUUCGGUCGACUCCAGUGUCAUCAAGACAAGCCAAGGAGGAUUGGUUCACAUGUGCUGGGCAGAUCUUGGGCCGGCUGGUGCCCGCGACCUAUUGAAUAACACUCAGAUCAUAGUGAACCACUGGCUGUUACAGAAUGGUUGGAGUGUUGGCGUCAGCGACAUUGUUGCUAGUGCAGAGACGAUCAAGGCCAUCGGUGCAUCGAUCGAUGCUGCAAAGAAAGACGUACAAGGAUUUGUGGAACAAUGGCAGCAAGGCUCUCUGAAGAAGCAGCCAGGGUGUACCAUGCAUCAGGUUUUUGAGAUGCAAGUGAACUCAAGGUUGAACAAUGCCCUUUCGGAUGGAUCGAACAUUGUUCAGAGGGGUAUCAAAUUUGCUCUCAAUAGGAUCAAUGAGAUGCGAAAGUCGGGAUCCAAGGGAACUGAUAUCAAUUUAUGCCAGAUCAUUGCUCUCGUUGGACAGCAGAACAUUGAGAACUGUCGUAUCCCAUAUGGGUUUAAGAGACGAACCUUGCCUCAUUUCCGCAAAGAUGAUCCUGGUGCUGAGAGCAGAGGUUUCGUUGAAAAUUCGUACACACAAGGAUUAACUCCACAAGAACUCUACUUUCAUGCUAUGGGUGGCAGAGAAGGUUUGAUUGAUACAGCUGUGAAGACGUCGGAGACAGGAUACAUUCAGAGACGGUUGAUCAAGGCAUUGGAGGAUGUCGUGGUCAGAUAUGAUGGAACUGUACGAAAUUCGCUUGGCAGCGUGAUUCAAUUUGCUUAUGGCGAAGAUGGAUUGGAUGCAACGUUUCUGCUUUCACAGAAACCACCAACUCUCGAGAUGCGAAAGGCACAGUUGCGCGACAAUUAUUUCAUCGAUUUAGACAAACCAGAAUCUAUCAAGAAUUAUGUUCACUCCGAUAUUCGUUCACAAAUCGCCGGAGACCUGGAGGUCCGAGAUCGCUUAAAGAAAGAGUACGAGCAGAUUGAAACGGAUCAAGAGGAGUUGCGCUCGAAGAUUUUUGCAGAUUCCUCUUUGGAAGGGGUCCGAGACCUUUCAGAACGACUGAAGGUGGCGCUUUUCCCUGGAGAGGACAACAUUUCCAUUGAGGCCAGAAACAAUGCAACACACCUGUUCAAUAUUAUUCUUCGUAGCCAGUUUGCUGUGAAGAAAGUCAUGGCCGGGCAUCGGCUGAACAAGAAAGCUUUUGACUGGAUCCUUGGUGAAGUAGAGUCGAAAUUCAGACGUGCUAUCGUCAAUCCUGGAGAAUCUGUCGGGUGCAUCGCCUCUCAGUCAUUGGGAGAGCCCGUCACACAGAUGACUUUGAAUACCUUCCAUUUUGCUGGUGUGUCGGCCAAGAAAGGUACGAAGGGAGUGCCUCGCAUGAAAGAGUUGAUCAACAUAGCGAAGAACAUCAAAGCUCCAGGGAUUUCGAUCUAUCUGAAGGAAGGGCAUUUUGAAGAUGAACAUAAGGCGAAGGCCAUUUCGAACAAGAUUGAAUAUUUGAAUCUCAGGCUGUUGGUCAAACAUGCAGAAAUUCAUUAUGAACCAAAUCCAUUGCUUACCAGGGUUCCAGAAGACCAAGCCAUUGUUGAGGCUCACUAUGAGUUGGCUGAUGAGCCUCCAAAAAAUAUGUCUCCUUGGGUUCUUCGCUUCGUUCUUGACAAUCCUACCCUCGAUGGAAAGGAUAUGUAUCUCAGCGAAGUAGUCGCUAAGAUCAAGGAGACCUAUCACACUGGGCGGGAUGAGUUUGAAAUCAUCGCAUCAGAUGAUAACGCCGAUUUGCUUGUGAUCCGCCUGAGGCUUUUGACGAGAUCUGAUAAGUAUGUUUUAGCUUUUGGAAAAAUUGCCAUGGAUAUGCUUGAUACCAUCACUCUUCGUGGAAUCCCUGACAUUCCACGUGUGCUCAUCGAGCAAGACAAGCUUUACCAUAAGCUGUUUUCUCCUGACGAUCCCAAGUACGAAAAGUAUAACAAAGCGGUGCCAUCUUAUCUUUAUGCGGAGGGCAACAACUUGUUGCGCGUACUCAGUUUUGCUGAAGUGGAUCAGGUCCGCACAGUAUCAAACGACAUCACAGAAAUCCUGCAGGUGCUGGGCAUCGAGGCAGUGCGUUGCGCUCUCUUGAAAGAGAUCCGCGAGGUGAUGAGGGCUUCAUCGUACGUGAACUAUCGACACAUUGCUUGCCUCGUCGAUGUGAUGACGCACCGUGGAAUUUUGAUGUCCAUCACUCGUCAUGGAAUCAAUCGUCUGGAAACGGGUCCACUCAUGAGAUGUACCUUCGAGGAGACUGUAGAAAUUCUUCUGGAAGCUGCUGCAUUCUCUAUGCCAGAUCGCUGCUUGGGAGUAGCCGAAAACGUGAUCUUGGGCAAUCUUUGCCCGUUGGGCACUGGCAGCUUUGAGCUGUUUUUGAACACGGAGUCCUGCCUGGAAGCAGUUCCUGUGACGCAUGACGACGGAGCGGAGCCUAUGAUGUUUGCCGAUGUUGGACAGGAUGAGUUAAGGUUGGUGCAUGGCCUACAAGCUUGGACACCUGUGAUGUAA